CAACUACUUCUCUUUCUUGGUGGCACUGGUAAAAGCCGAGUUAUUGGUGCUGUUCAGGCUUUAUGUGAAAGUUGGGACAGGCCGCAUUGUGUUGUGAAAACAGCGAUGACUGGAAACGCUAGCCAGCUUUUUACUGCAAAUACAAUACGAGAGAAGCGAGGGUCUGAUGCUCUCAUCAAUCUCGAGCUACUUAUAGUAGAUGAAGUGUCAAUGAUGAAGAAGUACCAACUCGCCCAACUAGACAUACCGAUGCGUGUACCUGGCGUUGGUUUUGGCUGUGUUCACGUCAUUCUGGUGGGAGACUUCCUCCAAUUA